AUGAACAGGUCUCGGUUUUCCGUGUACUCGUUGGCCAAGUCCGCCCUCAGGGGACGUUCGGGUUGCGGGACGUUCACCAGGGAGAUGAGACACUGGAUGACUGACUUUGAGAGCAACAGCGAGCUGAAGGUGGGCGUGGUCAGCCUGCUGGAGGAGGUUCUGCGGGACCCGGACCUGCUGCCCCAGGAGAGGAAAGCCACCGCCAACAUUCUCAGUGCUCUUUCUCAAGAGGAACAGGACGACGCUCAGCUGAAGAUCGAGGACAUUUUACAGAUGAAAAGUUGUCCACUUCUUCACUUCAUUGCGACGGAGAAUCCAAAGGCGGAGUGUUUUGAGUCGCUGUCAGCAAUGGAGCUGGCAGAACAGAUCACCUUAUUGGACCACAUCGUCUUCCGUAGUAUUCCUUAUGAGGAGUUCCUGGGUCAAGGCUGGAUGAAGGUGGACAAGACGGAGAAGACUCCUUUCAUCAUGAAGACCAGCCAGCACUUCAACAAUAUGAGCAACCUGGUGGCCUCCCAGAUCAUGACCCAGGUGGACGUGGGCUCUCGGGCCGCCGCCAUGGAGAAGUGGCUGGCGGUGGCCGACAUCUGCCGCUGCCUCAACAACUACAACGGCGUGCUGGAGAUCACCUCCGCCCUCAACCGCAGCGCCAUCUACCGGCUGAAGAAGACGUGGGCCAAAGUCUGCAAACAGACCAAGGCGCUGAUGGAGCGUCUGCAGAGGACCGUGUCGUCCGAGGGACGCUUCAAGAACCUGCGAGAGACGUUGAAAAACUGUAACCCCCCGUGCGUCCCCUACCUGGGCAUGUAUCUGACCGACCUGGCUUUCAUCGAGGAGGGAACGCCCAACUUCACAGAGGAUGGCCUGGUCAACUUCUCCAAGAUGAGGAUGAUCUCCCACAUCAUCCGAGAGAUCCGUCAAUUCCAGCAAGCUCCUUACAGGCUGGAGCACCAGGCCAAGGUCACUCACUUCCUGCUGGACAAGACGCAGGUGAUGGACGAGGACACGCUCUAUGAGCGCUCCCUCAAGACGGAGCCGCGGGUAUCGCCGGGCUAGCCACGUCUUCGCUUCACUCCCACGGCGGUGCCUUCGCUCGACUGUUACAGGUCACCUGACCCGGAACCGGAGCCAGAACCAGGGACGCUCUUACAGGGCUUGGAUCAGGUUUGGGGCGUUGCUUAGCAACCGAUGUUACUGUGAUGAAAGACUGCGUUUCUGGAGUUGUGUCUACGUUACCAAUCCACUCAGGUGGAGCUGGAAGAAAGUUCUGGGUACUUAGUCCAAGCUGUGGUUCCGCGAAAUGCUGCAUGACUUCAGUCAAGACUGUUAGCAGGGGUUAGCUAGAGAGUUAGCUUGCGUGUGAGACAAAAACAAAAAUUCCACUCUAAAGCUGCCCAGUCGUAGACAUGUUGUAAGAGUACAGCAUGGAGCACCACUGUAACAUGGUGCUGACGAGACGCGGGGCCGCCAUCUUGGAGUGGUGAUCAGCUCCACUCAGUGCAAUUCAUUUGUCAGAAGCAAUCAACUCUCAGCGCGUUUCCUUCAUCUUACCUCACUGAAUACCACUCUUUUUCACCCCCCUUUUUUGUCAUACGUGUAGCUAUGAUAAAGGACACAUGUUUUAUUAUUCAUAGUUUGCUUAACAGUAAUAGAAUAUUCUUAUAUGCUAUAAGUGAGCAGGCGUCCAAGAUCAAAACUGGGAAUAUAAUCCCAGGGAAGGGGGUAAAAAUGGUCAGCUAUUUAUAAGUUUAAGAAACAAUAUGAUUAGGUUAAAGGGGAACAUUAUCAGCAGACCUAUGUAAGCGUCAAUAUAUACCUUGAUGGGGCAGAAAAAAAAACAUAUUUUUUAACCGAUUUCCGAACUCUAAAUGGGUGAAUUUUGGCGAAUUAAACGCCUUUCUGUUUAUCGCGAUGACGUCAGAAUGUGACGUCGCCGAGGUAACAUUUUCAUUUUCAACACAUUACAAACACCGGGUCUCAGCUCUGUUAUUUUCGGUUUUUUUGACUAUUUUUUGGAACCUUAGAGACAUCAUGCCUCGUGGGUGUGUUGUCGGAGGGUGUAACAACACUAACAGGGAGGGAUUCAAGUUGCACCACUGGCCCCAAGAUGCCAAAAGUGUCUGCCGCCAGACCCCCAUUGAAUGUACCAGAGUGUCUCCACAUUUGACCGGCGAUGCUAAGGCAGACAUGGCACAGAGAUGUAUGGAUAACCUGCAGAUGCAUUUGCAACAAUAGUCAACGAAAUCACAAAGAUGAGUUUUGUUGAUGUUGACUGCCAGCUAAUCGAUGCUAACAUGCUACGCUAAUCGAUGCUAACAUGCUAUUUACCGGCGGUGCUAAAGCAGACAUGGCACAGAGAUGUAUGGAUAACCUGUAGAUGCAUUUGCAACUAUAUUACGUUUCCUUCCACCCACAUUUAAUGCGAAACAAACACUUACCAAUCGACGGAUUUAAGUUGCUCCAGUGUCAAAAGAUGCGAAAGUCCUGAUCGUUUGGUCCGCACAUUUUACCGCCGAUGCUAACGCAGCUAUUCGGCCAUGCUAUGGCUAUGAAUAGCGUCAAUAGCUAUUCGCUGAAUAGCUUCAGUUUCUUCUUCAAUAUUUUCAUACUCCAACCAUCUGUUUCAAUACAUGCGUAAUCUGUUGAAUCGCUUAAGUCGCUGAAAUCCGAGUUUGAAUCCGAGCUAAUGUCGCUAUAUCUUGCUGUGGUAUUCCCAUUGUUUGUUUACAUUGGCAGCACUGUGUGACAUCACAGGGAAAUGGAUAGUUGCAUCGCAAAUAGCGAAAAUCAAGCACUUUAAAGCUUUUUUUAGGGAUAUUCGGAGACCGGUAAAAUUUUGAUAAAAAUUUCAAAAAAUACAACAUGCCACUGGGAUCGGAUUUUUAUUGUUUUUAACCCUUUUGAAAUUGUGAUAAUGUUCCCCUUUAACAGUAAUAGAAUAUUCUUAUACACUAUAAGUGAGCAGGCGUCCGAGAUCAAAACUGGGAAGGGGGUGAAAAUGGUCAGCUAUUUUGAAGUUGAAGAAACAAUAUAAUUAUGUUGAAUCAGUGGUUCUUAGCCUGGGUUGGAUCGAACCCUAGAGGUUCGGUGAGUCGGCUUCAGGGGUUCGGCGGAGGUCAAAACACACCCGACUCAUCGUCUCAGUAAAAACUUCUCCCAAUCGGCGUAUUACGGAUACGGCAACAGCAAAAGUCACACUGACUUGCAGGUGUGAGUUUAUGCAGUCUAGUGUGAGUUUAGUGUGGGUUUUGUUGUUUGUACAAGGUGAUGUUCAUCAAUCAAUCAAUCAAUGUUUAUUUAUAUAGCCCCAAAUCACAAAUGUCUCAAAGGACUGCACAAAUCAUUACGACUACAACAUCCUCGGAAGAACCCACAAAAGGGCAAGGAAAACUCACACCCAGUGGGCAGAGAGAAUUCACAUCCAGUGGGACGCCAGUGACAAUGCUGACUAUGAGAAACCUUGGAGAGGACCUCAGAUGUGGGCAACCCCCCCCUCUAGGGGACCGAAAGCAAUGGAUGUGGAGCGGGUCUAACAUGAUACUGUGAAAGUUCAAUCCAUAGUGGCUCCAACACAGCCGCGAGAGUUCAGUUCAAGCGGAUCCAAGACAGCAGCGAGAGUCCCGUCCACAGGAAACCAUCCCAAGCGGAGGCGGAUCAGCAGCGUAGAGAUGUCCCCAACCGAUACACAGGCAAGCGGUCCAUCCUGGGUCUCGACUCUGGACAGCCAGUACUGGUCAUCGGACCGGACCCCCUCCACAAGGACAUCGGAGAAAAAAGAAAAGAAGCGGCAGAUCAACUGGUCUAAAAAGGAGGUAUAUUUAAAGGCUAGAGUAUACAGAUGAGUUUUAAGGUGAGACUUAAAUGCUUCUACUGAGGUAGCAUCUCGAACUGUUACCGGGAGGGCAUUCCAGAGUACUGGAGCCCGAACGGAAAACGCUCUAUAGCCUGCACAGUUCAUUUUGUGCACCAGUAAAAAAAAAAACAUGGUAACACUUAAGUAUGGGGAACAUAUUCACCAUUAAUUAGUUGCUUAUUAACAUGCAAAUUAGUAACAUAUUGGCUCUUAACUAGUCAUUAUUAAUGCUUUAUUCGGCAUGGCCUCAUUAUAACCCGAAGCAAAUAACUCCAAAUGAAGUCUUUGUUACUUAGAAUAUGUUCUUCAUACUAAAGUGUUACCAAAAACACAUAACUUUGUCUUGAAUUAAAAAAAUAAAAUAAAACAUUUAUUUUUCACUAUGAAGAGAAUGCACAUAUGGAACUAAUGGGGUUCGGUACCUCCAACAAGGUUAAGAACCACUGGGCUAAAUAUACAUGUGUAGAUUCCUAAAGUAGCCUUAAGCUUGACGCUCCUCUACUAUCACAUUCACUCCACAAAACAAAACUCCAGACGUUCUUCUUGGUUUGUAUGGUUUACUUGUGAUCUUAAUAAUUCAAAACAUAAAACAGUCACGAUGUGGGAACAAAUGAAUGACAAAAUAAAGAGAGUUUGUUACAGUACGAGUUGGAAAAAGUAUGAGUGAGGUCAAAAAACCGUGUGGCUCGAUUCCACCGCACCUGACAGCAAUUACCCAUAACACCAUGCGUCCAAAAACCCCUUACCACACAGAUCCUUCCGCCAUAUAUGCAUUUAAAACAGUUAUGUCAUCAAAUCGUUUGGACAAAUGUAAUAAUCCCAAUUAAAGUGAGCUUUUUAUAAUUACUCCAAGCAAUUUUCUUAUCAUGCAAAUAAAGUAAAUAGUCCCCUUUUGGCUGAAUAAACAUAAAGCACCUUCCAUAAAAUGUAAAUUAACUUAAACAGUAUUUAGGCUCCUACAAUCCUACAUAAAAAAAUGUAUGAAUACAUUAGAUAUCUAUAUAUAUAUCUAUAGAGCAGUGGUUGAAUGAAUGAAUGAAUGAAUGAAUGGUUUAUUUUGAGCCAUGCAAACAAAACAAGAGAAUAACAUAAAAUACAACAGAAAUAUAUAAAUAGAUUAUUUUACACCUACAUUGAAAACAUUACAUGUGACUAAUCUUUUGUAGAUGUCAAGAUUGGCUCAAAAGGGAGUGGGAAGAAGUCAACUUAUGAGGUCCCACCCCUAUACAUAUAUAUAUUUACAAUAUACAAUACAAUAAUAUAUAUAAUAUAAUUCAGUUCAGUGGUUGCUGCGUAGAUGCUAUAUAUUAUUUAUAUAUAAUACAUUUAAAUUCACACACACUUACAUAUAUACAUAUGUACACACACAUACAUACAAUUUACAUGGUGGUUCUCAACCUUUUUUUAGUGAUGUACCCCCUGUGAACAUUUUUUUUAAUUCAAGUACCCCCUAAUCAGAGCAAAGCAUUUUUGCUUGAAAAAAAAAGAUAAAUAAGUAAAAUACAGCACUAUGUCAUCACUUAAUGAUUUAUUAAAUUGUAUAACAGUGCAAAAUAUUGCUCAUUUGUAGUGGUCUUUCUUGAACUAUUUGGAAAAAAAAGAUAUAAAAAUAACUAAAAACUUGUUGAAAAAUAAAAAAGUGAUUCAAUUAUAAAUAAAGAUUUCUACACAUAGAAGUAAUCAUCAACUUAAAGAGCCCUCUUUGGGGAUUGUAAUAGAGAUCUAUCUGGAUUCAUCAACAUUUCUUCACAAAAAAGAAAUCUUUAACAUCAAUAUUUAUGGAAAAUGUCCACAAAAAAUCUAGCUGUCAACACUGAAUAUUGCAUUGUUGUAUUUCUUUUCACACUUUAUGAACUUACAUUCAUAUUUCGUUGAAGUAUUGAUUGAUUAAUUGAUACUUUUAUUAGUAGAUUGCACAGUACAGUACAUAUUCCGUACAAUUGACCACUAAAUAGUAACACCCCAAUAAGUUUUUCAACUUGUUUAAUCAAUUCAUGGUACAAAUAUAUACUAUCAACAUAAUACAGUCAUCCCACAAGUUAAUCAUCAUAGUAUAUACAUUGAAUUAUUUACAUUAUUUAUAAUCCGGGGGGUGGGAUGAGGAGCUUUGGUUGAUAUCAGAACUUCAGUCUUCAACAAUUGCAUCAACAGAGAAAUGUGGACAUUGAAACAGUGUAGGUCUUAUUUAGUAGGAUAUGUACAGCCAGCAGAGAACAUAGUGAGUUCACAUAGCAUAAGAACAAGUAUAUACAUUAGAAGUACAUUUGAGUUGUUUAUAAUCCGGGGAGAUGGGAUGUGAAUGGAGGAGGGUAUUAGUAAAGGGUUGAAGUUGCCUGGAGCGCUUUUGAAGGAAUAUAGAGAUGCACUUACUUUUACACCUGUUGGGAGUGCAUUCCACAUUGAUGUGGCAUAGAAAGAGAAUGAGUUAAGACCUUUGUUAGAUCAGAAUCUGGGUUUAACGUGGUUUGUGGAGCUCCCCCUGGUGUUGUCAUUUACGUUAAGGAAGUAAUUUGACAUGUACUUCGGUAUCAAGGAGGUGUAGCGGAUUUUAUAGACCAGGCUCAGUGCAAGUUGUUUGACUCUGUCCUCCACCCUGAGCCAGCCAGUAUUAUUCAAUAAAUAUAUUUACACAGGAUUUUUUUAUUUGUUGCUAUUUUUAGAAUAUUUGAAAAAAAUCUCACUUACCCCUUGGCAUACCUUCAAGUACCCUGAGGGGUACGCGUACCCCCAUUUGAGAACCACUGACAUAAGUGACCAGACGUCCCAGAUCAAACUGGGAAUAUAAUCCCAGAGGAAAUGGAAAAAAGGGGCAGCUAUUUUGAAAUUGAACCACCAAUCUGUUUCACUGGAUUCAGAAUAAAACCCAAUUUUGUCUUACUCAACAAUGUUAGUAUUUGAAUAUUGUUACUUGGUGACAAUUAUACUGUUAAGAGAGUAUUGUCUUAUAGUUUGCUUCACGGUGGAAGAGGGGUUAGUGUGUCUGCCUCACAAUACGAAGGUCCUGCCGUCCUGGGUUCAAAUCCAGGCUCGGGAUCUUUCUGUGUGGAGUUUGCAUGUUCUCCCCGUGAAUGCGUGGGUUCCCUCCGGGUACUCCGGCUUCCUCCCACCUCCAAAGACAUGCACCUGGGGAUAGGCCCCUCCCACCUCCAAAGACACGCACCUGGGGAUAGGCCCCUCCCACCUCCAAAGACACGCACCUGGGGAUAGGCCCCUCCCACCUCCAAAGACAUGCACCUGGGGAUAGGCCCCUCCCACCUCCAAAGACAUGCACCUGGGGAUAGGUUGAUUGGCAACACUAAAUUGGCCCUAGUGUGUGAAUGUUGUCUGUCUAUCUGUGUUGGCCCUGCGAUGAGGUGGUGACUUGUCCAGGGUGUACCCCGCCUUCCGCCCGAUUGUAGCUGAGAUAGGCGCCAGCGCCCCCUGUGACCCCAAAAGGGAAUAAGUGGUAGGAAAUGGAUGGAUGGAUGGAUGGAGAAUGCUUCAUAAUCAGUGGCGGCUGGUGAAUUUUGUUUUAGAUGUCACAAUAAUUUAUUUAAACUUUAUCUUAUUCAAGUUUGACAUUUUUAAAUGUAAUUAAUUUCAUUCAAAACGGUCAUACCCUUGUUUGCUAAUGGCUAGGAUUUCAGUACUUUUUGAAGAUAUUUGCUCCUUCUCAACUUAAUAUUCUUUUCACAAAAUACGUGAAUAGUACGUGAAUGUGAAAAGUAAUCCCCCGUUUCCUAUUUUCAACAGUCCCCUCAUUUGAGCAGGAAAAGGUUGAACACCAUCUUUGUUUUCUACCUGUCAACUGUCAGUUUAGGCUGCUCAUCACCACUUCAAGAUGGCCGCCCAUUUUCUCGCGUCACAGCAGCUAAUGUUGCGUCUACUUCUAACAUGUCUGUGCGUUACCUCGCAACUGAUGUUACCGUGAAUAAAAACACCGCGUUUUUGGAGGUUCUCGUAGAAAUGUUUGUUCUACGUUAGCAAUCCACUGAAAGUUGUGGUUCUUUGGUCCAAGCUGUGGUUCCGCUAAAUAAUGCACGAUUUCAGUCAAGACUGUUAGCGGGGGUUAGCUAGAAAGUUAG